CCCAAAGGCCUCACAUAUCAAGACAAGUCGUUCAAAACCGAAAGGCAAGUCGUUCAACCACGCAGAACAGGAGAGAAGAGAAGCAAAAUUAAGGAGGAAAGCCAUGCUUGUAAUGUAAACAAUUUUUAGAAGAGACGAUGCAGAGUCAACGACACCCUUUUGUAGAAUCUUUACCCUGUUCAUGCAUAAUAAUAAUAGUAACUGCUGUCGUAACACAAGUGCUUGUUGGCGUUGCAUCGGUUGCUGUUCCGAGCUCUAACUGUUACGCUCUCGAUAAUUCUAGUCGAAUUGUUGAUUUUAGCAGUUGGAUUGGGCAUUUUUUUGAGUAUGAAGGGAAGGAAACGGACGUAGUGAUUCGCUUUUGCAAAGACGUGGAGGCUAGAUCCCAAACGGGAUAUGUGGACUUUGGCCAAUUUAAUAAUUUCAACCACUUUGUUGCUGGCUCAGGACGUGUUGAUUUUGUUCAAGGGUAUUACAAUGGUGACUUGCUGAAUUGUGAGCAAAGUUAUGACAAACUGGGACGUACAGCUCAGGUGAAUAUUAUAUGUGGAAGUUGUUUAAAUGGACAGUGUAAAGGUGAACUUGGAUGCAUAUGCAAUGUUACUCAGGAGUCAAGUUGCAGAAUUUUUGUUGAACUUGCAAUUCCAUGCGAGAAACCUGGUCCUCGGGUAUUUGAAGGCUUCACCGUUGGAUUUCAUCCACGAUCAUGGGAAAUUGUUUACAAUGGAUUGACUCAACUAGGCUAUGAAAAGUCUCACCAUGAUUUUAGCUUCACAACUGAACAAACUCAAGUAACCCUUUAUAUGACUGCAAUUGCUUCCCUUUCCACUUUGGUGCGGAAGCCUAUGAUUAAGAUUCUUCCAGAGAAAGGCCUGGAGGUGAGGUUGUCAGGUUCAGGGGCGACUGGAAGUCCUCCUACAACCUUGACACCUACAUUGUUAAAUGUUGAAUGGACAUGUCAGGAGGCUCGUGAUACUCCAUAUGAAGUUAAUGUCACAAUACCAAUAGAGGGUUAUGAGCCCAUUCAGUUUUUCCUUGCCAAAAGUUGUGAACAUAGGCAGGAUCAAAGAGAAGAUUCUACAAGAGGAUGGGCUAUCUUUGGAAUCAUAUCUUGCAUAUUCAUUGUUGCAUCAACUCUGUUUUGUGUUGGAGGGUUCAUUUACAAAACACGGGUGGAACGCCUGCAUGGGAUCGAUGCUUUGCCAGGCAUGACAUAUUUGUCUGCGUGUUUAGAAACUGCAAGUGGAGUAGGCUAUGGCUAUUCACGACCAGAAGAGAAUGGCAGUGGCUAUGCUAGUGAAGCUUCCUGGGAACGGCCAUCAGCUUCAGCUCAGGGAACAAAGAAGCAAAGUACACGAAACUACGGUUCCAUUUAAGGCUUGCGGGCCUCAGCUUCAGUCAAGGAAUAUGGAGACCUAGCAAUAGAAAGUAUUUUUGAGUUAUAGGUAAUUGUAUCCUUUUUUAACCAUUACUUUCAGGCAAUUAUCUGCAAAUUUUUUGUGCAUCAACAUAAAGAUAAUAGAGAAUUUUAUACAUUGUAUCACAAGAGGUGCUUGUUGAGGGUUCAAAUUAACAAUAAGCAUUUCUCAUGAUUUUCAAGUCAAGGCUUCCAGUUUGUUUUA